CAGACAAGAGGAACCCGCCCGUCUAUUUACCUGAAAGACACUCUCUACUGGGCAGCCUGGGCUCUCAUCCAAGCAGAGCAGUCAGCCAGAUACAGGGCUGAACAAGUCAUUGCACUAGUACAGAAGAAACAAGCAAGGAGAAAAAGUCUCAAACAUACAAAGGAAAUAGAACCACCAGCAACUCUGCAGCUGGAGACAAGGGUCAAAUCAAUAUAUUUCAGCAGAGACUUCGCUACAAAGGGUACCUUCCAGACAGGCUCAACAGAUUGCUAAAGACCAACUAAAGACAGGCGUUUCUAAAGGAAAGCAGCUGUUUCUCUGAGGAUUAUAUCCUGGUCAACCUCCCCAUCGUCUUGACAUCUCUUACUUGUCAACAUGUCUAUGGGACUAGAGAUUCUAGGUGUGGCGCUAUCUAUCGUCGGAUGGAUAGGAAGUGUGGUAUGCUGCGCUUUACCUAUGUGGAGAGUAACUGCCUUCAUUGGAAACAACAUUGUCGUUGCCCAAACUAUUUGGGAAGGACUGUGGAUGAACUGUGUGGUGCAGAGCACGGGGCAAAUGCAAUGCAAAGUGUAUGACUCGCUAUUAGCUCUUCCUCAAGAUCUUCAGGCAGCUCGCGCCCUGAUUGUGAUCUCAAUUGUAAUUGCUGUGCUGGGAGUUCUCAUUUCAAUCAUUGGUGCUAAGUGCACAAAUUGUGUUCAGGAUGAGUCAGCUAAAGCCAAAAUUAUGAUUGUGUCUGGAGUUAUUUUUAUCCUUGCUGGACUGAUGACACUUAUCCCUGUGUCCUGGUCUGCAAACACUAUAAUCCGUGAUUUCUACAAUCCUUUGGUAGUGGAUGCACAAAAGAGAGAGCUUGGCUCCUCAAUGUACCUUGGAUGGGCAGCCUCUGCUCUUCUUAUGCUUGGAGGAGCAAUGCUCUGCUGUUCUUGCCCCCCAAAAGACAAGUACCCUCCUUCAAGAGUGGCUUAUACAGCUGCCAGGUCAACAAAUCCUGGUUAUGACAAAAAAGACUACGUCUGAAAUGGAGAUUAUGAAGGACUGCAGGACUGCCUUGUGACAACCAAAAGGGAGCAAAAGGAAGACGUUACCCCCUCUAUAGACAUUUACAAUUAUUCAUCUAGGAACGGCAUUUGUCGAUAUUUGUUAUAUAUGUGCUAUAUAUUAUAUUUAGAUUUAUUGCCCCUUUUGACUGCACAGUUUGCAUUUGUUGUGUUAAGUGUCUGAAUGUGCACAGAUAUAUUGAUGUUUUCCAUUGCCGUGGCAUUUGUAGAAUAUUCCUGAACAGGGAGGGGCAUUUGGUGGCAGAGAUGAGGUGGCUGUACUUCAUUAACCAUUUCCAUAAAAGCAACUAACUCUUCUGUCUAAAUACAAAGCAAAUAUGCUAAACUGCUCUGUCCCAAUGGAUACUGGACACUUCCCUAACCACACAAUAUUGUUGAUUAAUAGGGUUGUCACCCUUUCUGGAAAAAAAUACCGGUCUUCCUAUAUUCUCGACGUUUUUUAUAACAUUGGCAUCAAGCAUCAUUUUUACCGGCCAGACCCGUAAAAUACCGGCCAGGUGGCAACCCUAUUGAUGAAUGCAAUGUUAUAUAUUUGGUAUACCUCAUACUCUACUGAAUUCAUACUUAAUUUCCCAUUUGAAUCAAUUUUGUUUCUAGGAGUGUUUGAUGGUCUAUAUUUUAUUCUCUUUUUCCACAAUAGAGAUAAUGUAUCCUAAAAUAACAGUGUGCCUUCUGUUUCUUGUCUGUUUGUUCUUUCUUUGUACUCUGCUCUUACUCCUCCUCCUCCUAUUCCCUUUCUCACUGUAGGUUACAUGUCAGGCUGGAAUUUGACCCAUUUCCUCUCUAUUUUAGCUGCUGAUUGUAUGGUGAGGCAAUGUUACCUUCUCAUUAUCUUGGAUUUGAAACACAACCCAUCCCUUGUUAAGCUUUAUGUACAUAAUCCUGCAGAGUAGGGUCAAACUACCUGUUUUUUUAGGAGUUACUUUGAGCUUGAGAGUGGCAUAUUAACAGUGUUCUUGUUAAUGUAUAACAGCCCAGAUAUAUCACUUCUCUCUCACAGUACUUUCCAUGUUAGAUAUGGCACUGGAAUUUUAGCUCUUCCCUAACUACCCUGAUUUUUAAUGUCCAUUUUUAAUUACCAUGUUCUUUGAUAUAAUUUCAGUAACUCAGUCAAUUAUGUAUUUCUAAUGAGGAUCAAGUAAUCAAUGCUCUAAUUAAGUUAACAGUCACAGCAACAUUAUUAUUUGAGUGGGAAGGUCAGGAGGCCAUUCUAAUCUAGUAUUUGCCAAGAACUAUGAGUCCCAUGGCCGUUAACUGGCUAUGGAACAUGGAACAGAUGGAAUGUUGUAGGCUCCCUACCCCAGAGAUACAAUUUUUUUGUAUUUUAACAGUGGAGGCACAUUAACUGUACAGAAAUAUGCAUAUAAAUAUAUAUAUAGAUGGAUAUAUGUUUAUAUAUACUAUACACACACAUGUAUAAAUGUAUAGGUCCACAAUUUUUAGUAGCUCUGUUUUUAUUUUCUGUUUAUAUUUUCAUCAACUAAUCAACAAUCACAGAAACAUUUUACAGUUUGGAUGAGACGCUGAACAGCAUUUCUAACGCUAAACAAUAAUUUGUACGAUUUGUAUUCCUUUUAUUAAUACCACUGUUAUAUAUGAACCAUUUUUUUAUCAGUUAGUGAACAGGUAAAUAUUAAAUGUUCUAGUUGUAUGACCCAGUAUCUAGGAGUUCAUCGUAUUCAUGCUAGUGAUGGUGUAUGAAGAAAUGUAUUGUGUUAAUAAAGAAUUAUACUUGGGUUUGUACACUAAGUAAUGUAGACACAUAUCAUUAUUGUCAACUGUAUAUAUUAAAAUACCUUUUGACUGAAACUAUAUUAAACACUUCCUAUAAAUCA